CAAUAUCCAACCGCCCAGAUUCAUCCACUGCUUGUGCUUAUCACUCCCCUCUGCUCCACUGCACUGUCUUCCCCUCCCUUGCUCACCAUUUCUCUCUCUGAAAAUGGCCCAAGGCAUAAUCAAUUAUGCUCGCUUUACAGUUCGACUCUGAUCUCUACCUGUUUGAGUAAACUCCAAACAAGUUUUUCAAAGUCCAUACUCUUGCACACCCGAAACAGUUCUCUUGCUCUUUUUUCAUUACUGCUAAAGUUUGAGCUUGGGUUUUGUGAUCUUCAGCACAAAAGUAACAUCCUUUCGAUUUUUUCUUUUUUUUUUUGCGAGAAAUCGAUUUGAUUCUCAGCAAUAUAGAACUGAUUCUCAGCUCAAAGUUACAAUCUUUUAGCAGUUUCGGUCUGCCUAUUUCACUCAUGUGAUGGUCACCGAUACUUAUUCAAAGAUGGCGCCCGAUGUUUCAGUGAGAUCAGUGCUCAAAAACAACGAUUAUGACGAGGAUUUGGGGGUGUUGAUGAGGGAGCAAAGACGGCAACAGGAGGAGUUCACAGACAGAGAGAAGGAACUCGGUAUGUACCGAAGUGGGUCGGCCCCACCAACCGUCGAGGGCUCGCUGAGCGCAGUGGGGGGAUUAUUCGAUGCCUCGGUGGUAGUGGGUUUCAAGAAAAACAGUGGGCAAGGGCCGGUGAGCGAGGAUGAACUUCGGGCUGACCCCAUGUACGUAAAUUAUUACCAUUCGAAUGUGAAUCUGAACCCGCGGCUGCCGCCGCCGCUGCUGUCGAAGGAGGAGAGGCGGUUUGCACAUCGGUUGAGUGACGGCGGCGCGGGCCCGGCGGUGGGAGGAAUCGGUGAUAGGAGGAGAGUGAGUAGAGGUAGCGAAGAGAGUAGGAACGGGGAUGGGAAUCGGUCGCUAUUUUCGGUGCAGCCAGGGUAUGGUAGAAAGGAGGAGAAUGGGAAGGGUACGGCGGAGUGGGCUGGCGAUGGGUUAAUUGGCUUGCCUGGUUUGGGGCUAGGGAGCGGGCAGAAGAGUAUUGCAGAGAUCAUUCAGGAGGAUAUAUAUACAUCAUCUGUCUCUAGGCACCCAUCUCGCCCUGGCAGCCGAAAUGCAUUUGAUAAUGGUGUUGAGACUUCAGAAUCCCAUUUUGCUCAUUUGCACCAUGAAUUGGCGUCUAUGGAUGCUUUGCAUUCUGGUGGGCACAAGCAAGGGAUUUCAGGGUCACAAAAUGUUGGUGCAUCAGCUUCUCAUACAUAUGCUUCUGCCUUAGGUGCCUCCUUGUCGAGGAGCAGCACACCUGACCCUCAACUUGUGGCUAGGGCACCAAGUCCUCGCAUUCCACCUGUCGGAGGAGGGAGGGCUAGCUCAUUGGAUAAAAGAAGUUUUAGUGGAUCAGACUCAUUCAAUGGUGUCUCACCUGGUUUCAAUGACUCUACUGAUCUGGUUGCUACUUUGUCAGGAAUGAACCUGUCGGCAAAUGGUUUGGGAGACAAUUCAAGGUCAGAACUGCAACAUGAAAGUGAUGCUCACCAUGACCUAUUCAAUUUGGAGGGCGAGAAGGAUCAUAUAAAGCAACAUUCAUACUUAAACAAGUCUGAAUCUGCGCAUUUUCAUCUGGGCCCCCAUUCAGCUAAAGGAUCAUAUCCGAACAUGGGUAAUAGCAGUGGGGUUGGGAUGGAUCUGAACAAUUUAUUGAAGGCUGAUAAGAAAAUAGAACUCCAUAAACAUGUUGUAUCAUCCGCUAACUCUUACUUGAAAGGACCAUCUACACCAACUUUCAAUGGCCGAGGAAGCUCACCUUCUCACAAUCAGAAUUCGGAAAAUAUGAAUUCCCCAUUUCAAAACUAUGGCUUGAGUGGGUAUACCAUUAAUCCUUCAUCACCAUCGAUGAUGGCUAGCCAGCUUGGGAUUGCUAAUUUGCCACCAUUAUUUGAAAAUGCUACUGCUGCAUCUGCAUUGGGCCUUAGUGGCAUGGACUCUAGAGUAUUCGGAGGUCUUUCUUUAGGACCAAAUUUGUUGGCAGCAGCAGAUUUGCAGAAUAUUAGCAGAUUGACAAAUCACACCGCUGGAAGUGCCCUUCAGGUGCCACUGAUGGACCCGUUGUAUCUUCAGUACUUGAGAUCAAACGAGUAUGCUGCUGCGCAGGUUGCUGCCCUUAAUGACACAGCAAUGGAUAGAGAAUGUAUGGGUAAUUCAUACCUGAAUAUAAUCGAAGCCAAGAAAGCUUAUCUGGGGGCAUUGCUUUCACCUCAGAAGUCACACUUAGGUGUUCCCUACCUUGGUAAAUCUGCUGGCUUGAAUCAUGGUUAUUACGGAAAUCCAGCAUUAGGUCUUGGGAUGUCAUAUGCUGGAAGCCCAUUGGCUGGUCCUCUUCUUCCCGGCUCCCCUAUUGGAUCAGGCAGUCCUGUCCGGCACAGUGAGCGAAACAUGCGUUUUCCUGGCAUGAGGAAUUUAGCUGGGGGUGUCAUGGGUGCUUGGCAGUCAGAAGUCGGCGGUGACUUGGAUGAAACUCUUGCAGCCACUUUACUAGAUGAGUUUAAGAGCAAUAAAACUAAAUCUUUUGAACUUUCAGAAAUUGCAGGAAAUGUUGUUGAGUUCAGUGCCGAUCAGUAUGGUAGUCGAUUUAUUCAACAGAAACUUGAAACUGCCACUGCAGAAGAGAAAAACAUGGUUUUUGAUGAAAUUAUGCCCCAAGCACUUUCAUUAAUGACUGAUGUCUUUGGUAAUUAUGUGAUUCAGAAGUUUUUUGAGCAUGGGACCACGUCCCAAAUAAGAGAACUGGCUGACCAGCUCAAUGGUCACGUGCUGACCCUUAGCCUUCAAAUGUAUGGUUGCCGAGUUAUCCAGAAGGCUAUAGAAGUUGUUGAUCUGGAUCAGCAGACUAAAAUGGUCAAGGAGCUGGAUGGUCAUGUUAUGCGUUGUGUACGCGAUCAAAAUGGGAACCAUGUCAUCCAGAAGUGUAUUGAAUGCAUACCUGAAGAUGCCAUCCAGUUUAUUGUUUCAACAUUUUAUGAUCAAGUUGUGACUCUUUCUACUCAUCCAUAUGGCUGUCGUGUCAUACAGAGAAUCCUGGAGCAUUGCGAUGAUGCUAAAACACAGCAAAUAAUGAUGGAUGAGGUUUUGAGGUCUGUUAUCAUGUUGGCUCAAGACCAAUAUGGGAAUUACGUUGUACAGCAUGUGCUGGAGCAUGGCAAGCCACAUGAACGUUCGGCUAUCAUAAAUAAAUUAACUGGUCAGAUUGUCCAAAUGAGCCAGCAGAAAUUUGCCUCCAAUGUUAUCGAAAAAUGUUUAAGCUUUGGAACUCAAACAGAACGCCAGACGCUUGUUAAUGAGAUGCUUGGUUCUACUGAUGAAAAUGAGCCCCUCCAGGUGAUGAUGAAAGAUCAGUUUGCAAAUUAUGUUGUACAGAAAGUGUUGGAAACUUGUGAUGACCAGCAACUUGAACUGAUACUUAACCGAAUAAAGGUCCAUCUGAAUGCUCUUAAGAAGUAUACAUAUGGGAAGCAUAUAGUUGCGCGUGUGGAGAAACUUGUUGCAGCUGGAGAGAGGAGGAUUAGCAUUAUGAAUCCGCAUCCUGCUCAGAUGGCAUAGGAAACAGAGUUCUUGUACAGCUAACUGAGGAUAGUAUGAGCACCCUCGCUAUUUCAUUUUCAUCUUAUAUCUACUAGUGGCUCGUUCUAUCUUUUCAUAUAGAUAGGAGCCGAUUGAAAAUAAAAAUUGGUGCUUGUACUUAAAACUGUACAUUGUUAGUUUGAGGAUAUACCUAGAAACGGGCAAGUUGAGCGCCCCCCCCCCCCCUCCCCCCGCACGGUGGUGAACGUACCUGAUGCCCGCUGCAGAGAAGAUAAAAAUUAGUGUACGAGUUUUUAACGUGUAAAAAGGGAUGAGAGAGCGGAUUUGGAGCCGCUACUGUACAAAAUAUUACCAGAAAUUUUCUGAAGUAUGGAAUUUGAUUCUUGUCUUU